AUGCCAUCAUCGUCGAGUGAUGAUGACGAAAAAAGAUCGUACUCUUACGACGACGAACGAUACGAGGGAAAGAAGACGACGAAAGAUAAAAAGGGAGGAGGAUACACUUUAAACGAAGGUUUCAAAGCCGAUGAGGAAGGGAAAAACAACAACAACAAGUCCCCGUCGUCGUCGUCGGGAAAGAAGAAGAAGAAGAAAACGUCCAUCAAAGAAACAGUGUGCGUUUUCGUAGCGUGUUUAUUCUUUUGCUCUCUCUGUCUCGCCGUCCAGUCGCGCUCGAAGUGUCUUCCCAUCGUCUUUCUUCAUCGUCAGACAGCAGCGGUAGACACGCGCAUUGUUCAAUUCGCUUUUCUCAAUUCUUCCCGAAAAAACAAACAAACAAACGGACCAAAAAAUGAAAACCUUCGUUCACGCGGUGUUUGUUCUCGGUGUUUACAUGGCUUAGCUCACCAUUCGACUCACAUUGUCUUCUUCUUUACACACACUUGUAUAUAUAUGCAUACAUAUAAUAACAACAGGUCGAACAAACUCAACUUUGACCGAUCUCUCGGCUUUUUACAAGCCUCGAAUCCGGUUCGGAAAAUGUGCAGUAAAGUUGCAAACUCGAUAUACUUUUCGCGCGCGAUUUUAUUCGUCGUGAUUUUGAACGGCGUCAUUGUCGCGUUGGAUACUCCAGAUAGAGGGGUGGAAAUGUACGGAACGAAGCCACACAUUCCAAAAGAUGUCACGUUUUGGUUAGGAAACGCGUUCUUAAUUUUGUUCGGCUUGGAAGCUAUCGUUAAAAUAGUAGCGUACGGAUUCUUACUCAACGGACCAGACUCGUACAUGUGGUCGUAUUGGAACGUGUUUGAUUUGUUCAUCGUCAUCACCGGUAUCUUGGACGUCAUUUUAGACGGAGGCGGAUGGAUCACGACGUUGAGAUUAAUGAAAUGUUUCCAACCGCUCAAAGCGCUGAGUAAGUAUAAAGCGGGAAGAAUGGUGAUGGAUACCGCAGAAAAAGCCUUACCGAUGAUGAUAGACGUAGUACUCUUGCUUCUGUGGUUCGUCAUUUUAGCCACGGUUAUGGGCGUCAUGCUUUUUGGCACGAUUAUGAGCGGACGCAACUAUGAAGACGUUGCAAAUUUAGGAGGUGACCCGAAAGAAAGAUGUUCAUUUCUCGUGUCAAAUUACGGAACUGUAGACGGUGUGAGCAUAUCGCGCUAUGAUGAUGGCGGUGUACCCGGCGACGAGGAGUUAUGUUUGAACAGUGAUGUCGACACGCUUGUAAAAAACGCAACUCUGCUCGAUGGUGUCGAAUCAAACGUGUAUUGCUGCGAUUCUGGCGUUUCACCGUUUGAUAAUUACUUGAAUUUCGACAAUUUUGUUCGCGGGAUGUUUAUCGUUCUUCACGUGAUUACAAUUGACGGUUGGAACGAACUCGCGUGGCCAGUCGCGAACACGGCGGGGUACGUUCCCGCCAUGUCGUACUUUUGCGCCGUCGCCGUUCUAGGUGGGUUCUUCGUGUUUCAGUUAUUUACCGCGGUCAUUUGCGCUACGUUGGGUGAAGUCGAAGAAGACGAUGAUCCGGAAGCGCACGAGAAAGAGAUGGAAGAGUUGCGAGAGGCGCACGAGAAAUCUCUGGAGCCGGAGGAAGCGUACCCUCAACUAGAACACGCGUGCGCGCACAAACCGAGGCAGAUGAUUUUAGAUAUAACCAAUCAUCCAAUCUUCCAAAACUUUAUCACGUUUACAAUUCUCGUGAAUACGGGAUUGAUGUGCGCUAAUCACGUGGAUAAAACCGAUUCGUUCAAGGAUGUCGAAUUGAUCAUAGACCUCACGUGUUCGGGCAUCUUUCUCUUUGAAUUCGUACUCAAACACAUUGGAUUAGGAGUAGUGCGAUACUGGAAGAAUAACUGGAACAAAUUGGAUGGGUUUGUAGUGCUCGUGAGCAUCAUCGAUUUCUCGUUGACCUACGGGAUGUCAAAUUCAGGAGGCGAUGAAGAAGGCGGUACACCAGUCGAUUUAUCUUUUCUCAGAGUAUUCCGCGUGUUUCGUAUUUUAAGAACGCUCAAAAUCGUGCGAAAUAACGCGGAGUUUUCGAAAAUCGCAAACUCUGCGAUUUCGGCGACGCAAAACAUGUGGGUGUUUUUACUCGUGUGGCUCAUGUUCUUGGCAAUUUUCGCGAUUCUCGGAGUGCAACUGUUCGCGGCGAGAGAAAGUUUCGACGAAGAGCGCUUGAGUUUUAAAAACUUUGGAUCAGCUUUGAUAACCUUAUUUGCAGUGUCAACUGGUGAGAAUACAUUUGAAGUAGCUUGGAGCUCUAUGAAAGUAACGAAUAUCGCCGCCGGCAUUUAUAUGAUAAUCUGGUGUUUCAUCACCACCGCCGUCUUGGCGUUGAUUCUCGGUAUUCUGAUUGACGCGAUCGCGUCGGAGACGUUUUUAAUAGAAGAAGGUGAAUUUCAUAAGGAAGGCGCGACAAGUGUCAUCGAAGAAAUUCGAAAGCGCGCGACUUCCCAGUCCACGCUCGGGAAGACGUUUGUCGAAGAAGAAAAUUCCACCGACGACGAUGAAAACGGGGAGCAUUAUUACGCUGCGAAGAGAAGAGCCAAGGCGAAGAAAGAAAAAUUGUCAGCUGCAGAUUUUGGUCGAGACGAUAACGAAUCAAGAGUACAGCGUUCGGUCCAAGAAGUUGCCGUUGUCCGACAAUGGCUCGUCUCGAUCGGAUUCGCGCACCAUACCGAGGAGAGUCUGAAAAUCCAAGAGUCUUUGAGACCAGGUCACGUGGUGCGCGCCCGAAAACGAUUAACGUGUUAUCGCGAAAGAAGAGUAAAGCAAGCGAAGGAAGAACUGAAAAUCGCACGUGAGCACUUGAGCGAAAAACUCGAAAAUGUAAGAACGAUACCGCGCGCUAUGUCCUUGCGUUGUAACGUGAUGGAUUCAGACGAUAUUUGGGUUAAGUUUGAUCAGGAAAAGAUGAAUCCGGAUUUUGUAAAACCAAUCUUUAUGCGCGCGCCGGAAAGAUUGAUGAGCCCGCAAAUGCGCGAUGUUUGCGAAGAUAACUGUCAACAAAUACGUAAAUAUCUUGCAAUUGAUCCAGUCACGGGCUGGGGUUCUUUUCGAUGGAGAUGCCUGAAAAUUGCUACGAAUUUCUGGUUUGAUACGCUCAUUUUACUCUUGAUUAUUGCCUCUUCGGCGAUGAUGGCGACGAACACGCAAAGAUGGCCUGUUGCAGGCACGAAAGUUGACGACGCUUACAACUUGAUUGAUAUCAUUUUUAACGCUGUUUUCACCUUGGAAAUGGUGUUAAAAAUGAUUGGAUAUGGCAUCUGGAAAGGUCCCGGUGCGUAUUUAAAGACAGGCUUCAACCGCCUCGAUUGCUUCGUCGUGCUUUCAUCUUUAGUCACGUACGCGGUCGGAGACGCGAUUCCUGUCAAAACGCUUCGUAUUUUGCGCGUAUUGAGACCGUUGAGAACGAUUCAAAGGCUCCCGGGUUUGAAAUUGGUCAUCACCGUGAUCCUGCAAUCUCUUCCUGCCAUUAAAUACGUGUGCAUAAUUGGCUUUGGGAUGAUGAUUGUUUUAGGCAUCACAGGUAUGGAACUAUUUCUCGGACAAAUGGCUUCGUGCACGUUAGCUGGCGGCGAGGAUACACGCGACCCGCUCACUGAUAAGAGUAACUUAGACAAAGCAGCGUGUCUCGAACAGGGUGGCGUGUGGCGAGCUAACCGCUUCAAUUUCGAUAACAUCGGCCAAGCUAUUAUCACAAUAUUCAUCAUUUCCACCGGCGAUAAUUGGCAAGAUAUCAUGUACGUAGCCAUGGAUUCUACCGGUGACGAUACGGCACCAGAACGAGACGCGAACAAAGGUGCCGCUGCAUUUUUCGUCUUUUCAAUCCUAUUUGCCAUGAUGUUGUGGGCGAACCUUUUUGUGAGUGCAUUAGUUGAUAAUUUUACAACCUUGGCGAGCGCCGGCGUCACUUUAACGACAGAGAAGCAGCGAGAGUGGCAACAAGCCAUGUUGAUUGCAAAUCGCGUGCACACGAAUCGCUGGCGAAAAAUUGUUCCGAAGAACCCGAUGCGCAAGAAAGUUCACUCAAUUAUCGCAACGGAUUGGUUCGAUAAACUUUCAAUCACCAUGAUCGUGCUGAAUAUGUUUGUGUUGAUUGCAUAUCGCGCGAACGGAAGCCAAGCUGAGAUGGAUUUCCAAUCGUACGCUGGGUAUAUAUUUACUGUUUGGUAUUGCUUGGAAUCUCUUUUUCUCAUCACUGGUAUGGGAUGGUACUUGUAUUGGGAGUCCAUGUGGAAUAAGAUUGACUUUGUCGUCGCGUGGAGCGGUGGGCUUGGCGCUAUUUUACCGGGUAUUCUCCCGUCAAAUAUUAUUCGAAUGGUUCGUUUCUUCAGGCUUUUGAAAGUAAUACAGGUUUUCAAAGGUUUGAGAACGCUUGUGCUUACCGCAGUCUCUGCCAUACCCGGAGUGAUUAACGUCUCCGCGUUAUCGUUGUUGGUAAUUUUCAUAUUCUCGUGCCUUGGCGUAUCUUUGUUUGGAAACGAUACCGGUCCUUUCGAUGUUACCAAAUUAAAAUCCAUUGGCGAGUACUCGAAUUUUAGCAACUUUCAGCGCGCGUUUACGGCGCUCUUCAUCGCGUUUUCAGGGAAUUGGCAAGGUUUCUUUAACGACUUGUACGUGAAGGAAGACUGCUUCUCGGUUGAUGCACCGGAGCCGGGUUCUGAGCCAAAAUGUUCCCCGGAUAUUGCCAGUGCGUUCUUCUUCGUGAUCUACGUCGUUCUAUCGAUAUUCCUUUUUGGAAACUUAUUCGUGGCUAUUCUACUAGAGCGUUUUACGUUUGCUCACGGCGAGGAAAUUGAUGAAGAUGAUGACGACGAUGACGACAACGAAGGCGAAGGAGACGGGAAAAGAGAUGAAAACGACGAACCGUACGAAGGAGGGCCAAUUCAAGUCAUCAUAGCUUCGGUGCGCUUAAGGCAAAUUUUACGAAUGUUUUCUCAAAAGAUAAAAUCAAAACAAGAGCUCUAUGUUAAAGGCCUGAAAGAAGGUGGCUCGAGCUUCUUGCAACAACGAUCUAUGAACCAGGAGGAGAACAACAACACGUCGUCGACGUUGGGAAAUCUUGCUUCUUCGGUGCCUUCAUCCACAGAUAACAGCAAAACGAAGGUUUAUGUUUCGUCGCCAUCUUUUUCUCGACAGUUCACGUUGCGCGAAAGUGCGGAAACGCCAAAAGCGAACGAAAGCUACGCGGAAUGGAAGGCGCGAAAGAAGAAAGCAGCGGCUUCAUAA